AUGGUGCUGGUCCUCCUGGUGGCCAUUCCUUUGCUGGUCCACAGCUCCAAGACCACCUCGCACUACGAGAUGUUGGGCAGCUGCCGCAUGGUCUGCGACCCCUACACGCCCCAAACCCAUGGGGCGGCUUCGGCAGAGGCAAGCCAGGAGUUGGCCGUCAUCUCGCCGCCUCCCCACGUGUCCGGAGGGAAAGGAGACCCGGGGAGGAAGGGCAAGUCGGGGAUCCGUGGGCCGCCGGGCCCUCCGGGGCCACCUGGGCCCAGAGGUCCAGCCGGGGAGCCGGGGAGGCCUGGCCCUCCAGGCCCACCCGGCCCAGGGCCUGGGGGAUAUAUCCCAUCUUUCUACAGCCCUAAGAUUGCCUUUUAUGCAGGACUGCGGAAGCCGCAUGAAGGGUACGAGAUCCUGCGCUUCGACGACGUGGUGACCAAUGUGGGGAACUACUACGAGCCGUCAAGUGGCAAGUUCACCUGCCCUCUGCCUGGCAUCUAUUUCUUCACCUACCAUGUACUGAUGCGGGGCGGUGACGGCACCAGCAUGUGGGCAGACCUGAUGAAGAACGGGCAGGUCCGGGCCAGUGCCAUAGCUCAGGAUGCUGACCAGAACUACGAUUAUGCCAGCAACAGCGUGAUCCUACACCUGGAUGUCGGCGAUGAAGUUUUCAUCAAGCUGGACGGAGGGAAAGUGCACGGAGGGAACACCAACAAGUACAGCACGUUCUCUGGCUUCAUCAUCUACCCAGACUGA